AUGGUUCAUUGGGAACAAACAUGGCACAAGGUCAAGAACAUGUGCUUUAAUGAUGUUAUUGACGGGAAAUCUCUCCUGCCUUUCUGCUUUUGGAGCUUAUGGCUCAGUAGGAAAAAUAAUGUCUUUGACAAAAAGAAAAAUUGUACCCAUGUUAGAGAAACCAUUGCUAGAGCUACUGAGUAUUAUCAUGUUGUUGUCCACCACAGGGAUAAAGGGGAAAGCAAUGCAAUACACAUUAAAUGGGAGCCUCCACCUAAUAGAUCCUAUGAGCUAAACACAGAUGGGGCUGCUUGCCAUAAAACAGGAGUAGGAGGGGCUGGGGGAGUCUUCAGGAACAACAGGGGUGACUGUGUGCUAGGACACAUAAGGGGUGUACCAGAUACCACCAGUAUAGAGGCUGAACUUCAUUCACUCUGGCAGGAUCUCAAGAUAGCCCUUGACAUAACUUCAGACCUCUACAAAUCGGCACUGAUUCUGAACAAGUUGUCAUUGAUGGAGCAAUUGGGGAAUCCAGCACUAGGACAUAAUUUCAAAGAGCUGAACCAGGUGGCGGACCUCCGAGCAGCAAAGAAAAUAUUUGGAAGGACAGAAGUUUUGGCAGUUCCUCUGGUGUUUGUAAACAAAACAUUGUGGGCAGACAUCCUAGGAACUGUUUUUGCACGUAAUAUCAGGGUCAAUCCCAUUCUUCUCUUUUUUAAGUAG